UAACGAAAGAACGUAAAAGUGGCGGAAAGAAAUCACAUUUGACUUCGGGGAAAGACCUUCGCAUUGCCGUUAAGAUGUCGUUAAACGGAAUACGAAAGAUUCCGCAGAGCAAAGUGGCGGCUGGAGGGCGAAAUUUGAGCCCUUUUGACCAUCUGCAGCAGCAGAUGGAGGAUAUUGUGGGGAAUGGAGGGGUCCUGAAGGAGGUGGUCCACCCUGGAGAUGGCCCAUCCGUGCCCCCAAGUUCUUCAGUGUUAAUGCAUUACUCGGGCUACUUGGAGUAUUCGGAUCUGCCGUUUGAGACCACGACUAACGUCAAGCAUCCCCGCCUCAUGAAGCUGGGCAGAGACGUGACGCUGAUCGGGAUGGAGCUGGGCCUGCUGACCAUGCGCAAAGGCGAGUUCUCGCGCUUCCUGCUGCAGCCGCGCUACGCCUACGGAGACAUGGGCUGUCCGCCCUUCAUCCCCGCCGCCGCCCGCGUUUUGUUCGAGAUCCAGCUCCUCGACAUCCUGGACUCGGGACAAGUGGACGGAUUUGUCCGGCUCACUGCGGAGGAGCAGAACGAGUUUCCGUUGUCCAAAUUGAUGGAAGUGGUCAACACGCUGCGCACUUUCGGCAACAGAUGCUUCAAGCAGAGUCGCUACGAAAAAGCCAAAGAGCGCUACAAGCAGGCGGUGGUGUUGCUGGGCAAUAGGGCGAAGCAUAGCGAUGGCGAACAGGAGGAGGUCCGGGCGGCCCUGCUGCCUCUUUAUCUGAAUCUGUCGUUCGCGGCGCUGCGUCUGGAAAAUCCAAAGAAAGCUCUCAAAUACGCCAAGAGCGCUUUGGACAUGGACUGCACCAGCACCAAGGCACUUUACCGCUGCGCACAGGCGCACGUGGAGCUGCGGGACUACGAGAGCGCUCACGGUUGCCUCGUCAAAGUCCAGGCCAGGAAGCCCUUUGACGGCGACGUCAACAAGCUCCUGAAAACGGUCACCAUGUGCUACAAAGACAACUUGGACAAAGAGAAAGACUUGUACACCAGGAUGUUCCGAGGCUUGAAGAACCCACAUGGUGAUCCGUGUGAAUGAGGAGCCACUGCAAAGCCACAGUCAAACAGUACUCUACUAACCAUUCUGUUGCUCUUCUCGAGAUGUUUCUCAAAUGUUCCCGUGGAAUCAAGUGCACUGUUUUUUUUUGUUUUUUUUUGUCUCCCCCGUUUGUUUUCCUACCACACGUAAGUUAAUCAUACAGUACAGUAUCAAGUUCCUCUCAUGUUGAAUGUACCGUGUUGGGUGGUUUCAUGGGACUUGGGGUUGUGCACUCUUACACAAAUAAAUAAUUGGAAAUGGC